AUGGCUGGUAAUAAGCUCGAACUCAAGAAUCGCACAGUCGAUACGCAAGAGGACAAGCUCGAUGCACCAUCGUCCCAGCGGGCCUUGAGCAGAAGCCAACAGACUCUUGACCGCUAUAUUAACUUCAUACCGACCGUCGCAUUUCCCGUCACACUUCAGACCUCAUGGGAAGCCCUUUCUGUAAGCUUCGGAGCCGGUCUGCUCAAUGGAGGUCCCACGGCAUUGGUCUGGGGUCUCCUGCUGUGUCUCGUCGGCACGCUGACGAUAGCCUUGUCACUGGCUGAGAUGGCAUCAAUAACGCCCGUAGUUGGCGCCCAAUAUCGAUGGACAGCUCUGUACUCCCCGCGAGGGUUUGGACCACCAGCAUUCUGGAGUUUGCUACAAGGAUGGAUUACUUGCUUUGCCUGGAUUGCGGUCUGCACCCAAGUCUGCUUCCUAGAAGGAACAAUCGUGCAAGGUCUUAUCAUUCUCAACAACAGCACCUACAUUCCUCAAGGCUGGCACGGCACGCUUCUUGCGUACGCCAUACUCGCUGUACCACUUUUCUGCAACAUUUUCGCGCGACGAGUACUUGCACCCUUGGAAGUCCUGGGUGGUAUUGUCCACAUUGCGCUCUUCGUCGUCUUCGUUGUUGUCCUCGUCGCAAUGUCACCUCGCAGCUCCGCUGGUUUUGUCUUCGCCACCUCGAUUACUGAUCAGAGCGGCUAUUCGCAGCCAGGGGUGUCAUGGUGCCUAGGCCUCCUUGCGACUGCCUUUCCCCUUGGCGGCUUCGAUGGUGUCAUACAUAUGGCCGCCGAGGUCAAGAACGCUCCCCUGCGUAUCCCCCAAGCCAUGGUCCUCACUGUUCUCAUCAACGGCGCAAUGGCCUGGGGUAUUAUCGUUACAAUCCUCUUCUGCAUUGGCGAUCCCAGCGAAGUGUCACAGACACCUUAUAUGUAUCCAAUUAUCCAGAUAUUGCUCAACUCGACUGGAUCCAAGGGCGCGACCACGGCUAUAAUGGCCUUCAUUCUUUUCAUCGGUGUUGUGGCUGUGUUCAGUACGCUGGCAUCGGUAUCGAGACUCACAUGGGCUUUCGCACGUGAUGGGGGCCUGCCGUUUUCGCCUUUCUUUGCCAAAGUACAUCCGACCCUUCGCGUCCCACUCAAUUCUCUGCUCUUGAUAACUGCCAUUGUUAUGUUACUCAACCUCAUCAAUAUCGGGUCGACUACAGCGUUCUUCGCUAUCCUCUCCCUCAAUACUCUCUCGCUAUACCUGAGCUACAUUAUACCGAUCGUUCUCUUUACGAUACACAAAAUACGCGGCUUUUAUGUCCCGUACGGGCCUUUCAAACUGCCUCGUGGACUUGGACUACCUAUCAAUAUCUUCGCCAUCUGCUAUGCAGUCUUCAUAGCCGUCUUUCUGCCCUGGCCAAGCGCCGUUCCGGUCAGCGCGGAGACCAUGAACUAUGCCGGGCCAGUGUUGGGGUUUGUCAUUAUGCUCUCGAUAUUGGAUUGGAUGAUAAGUGGGAGGAAGAGAUUCAGAGUCCCGGUGGAUGUGAGACAAGGUGACGUGGAUGGAAGUGGCGAUGAGACACAGUCCUAG